AUGAACAAGCUCGAAAUCGCCGAGUACCUGCGCAAGCUCUACGGCAUGCCCGUCACCAAGGUGCACACCGCCAACUACGACGGCAAGGAGAAGCGCGACCCGCGCGAUCCGACCAAGAGGCAAACACACCAACCCCGCCCGCCCAAAACCGCCGCGUACAAGAAAGCGUUUGUCUACCUCGCCGACGAGCAGGGGGCGCAGCGGCCGCGCUAUCACGAGGUCGAGGCGCAGCUGACGCCCGAGGCGCUCGCGUCGUGGCCCGCCAAGCCUGGGCUGAGCGCGCGCGAGCUGAGAGAGCAGGCGGAGCGAGCAGGGCGAGAGGGGUGA